AUGAAGGAACCAGUUGUAAAGAAAGUAAAGAAAAACGACGAAGCGUCCUCUUCAAAGAAAAUACAAGGAAAACCGGAAUGGUGCCGAUGUGGAUUCUGCGAUCUAAAUGAAGACAGAAAUGAAGUGUGUUGCUAUGACCUUCACAAACUAGUUGAGGAUAACUAUAACAAUAAGAAAAAGAAAAAAGUCCUUGAAGCAGAGAAAUGCAUGACCAAGUGGUCAAAACUGACCAAAAGUGUUCUGAGUAGACUCUUUCUUGAGAGAGAACCUAACUGGAGGUUAUACAAGCUAGAGACCAACCCAACCGACGAUCCAAAAGCAUUGUAUCGACUAGGCUGCUGCAGUUUUAGAACCUUUGUUAACGCAGAAUUCACGACAGAGAAAACCAUAGCCUUGCCUUCUUGUGUCAUCAAAAAACUCAGGUCACUUUGUGUGGUUAAAAAACCAGAUAAUCAUUCAGAGACGAAGGCUGUUCUUACAAAUGAUUUGGACAUAAUUUUCGACUUGCUGAAAAGCUAUUGGCUAACAGUUACAAAGCUCACAAAGCAAAAUUUACUUCUGGCAUACUUUUUCAAAGAUACAAAUACUAUGUUUCCUUGGUUUGAACGUAUAAAAGAAGGUAAACUUCUAGGAUAUCUAAAUACAGACAUCAGUAAGCAGACAUUGGCUAUGGCGAUAAGUGAAGAAUCUGGUAUUGCAGCAGUGAACCAUACUUUGACAUUAGCCUGCCUGAUUUUAGCAUACAACACUCACUUUAUUGAUGCAAUCAUUGAGGAGAGUAAGGAAAACCAAAGCUUUGCAGGACUAAUAACUAACAUUAAAGCUAUUUCUCAUGAAAUCAGCUAUUUGAAAAACUUUAUUCGACCCAAAAGCAGCUUGAGGGAUGACGUAAUAGACAGUUUGAAAAGAGCAAUUAAUAAAAUUGACAUCACGUCAGAAUAUAAUUUUGACAAGAAAUUUAUAUCUGAAAAAGGUUUGAUUGUAUUUGACAUAGAUAUUUUAUGCGUCAUUUUAGGAUUAAGAAGCGAAUUUGGAAAAUCUUUGAAGACAAUAAACAUUGAUAUUUGGCCACAUCAAAGAGAAUCUUAUCACGUGAUUAAUGCUAUUGAAUUAAUGAGUCAGCAUCAGUGUCGUAGAGGUCUGGCAAAAAAAGAAUUAUUUAACAUGGGUUUUACUGAAGAGACGGCUGCGUUUAUUGUGGGUAACAUACCAGAGGAAUUGAGCACUCACCAAUCGCCUCUUUACUGGGCAACUGUGCACAUUGAAAACAUGUUCCAAAACCAUCCACUUCUGACACAGUGUAAUGACUAUCCUUUUGCUGUUGAUGAAAAUGUAUUUCCACCACAAUCUAUUCGUCUCCAAAGGACAUCAAGACAACAAAGCUCUGCGGAUAUUCAAGUCUUUAACGUGUCGAAUAUAGAAGAACGAACAAUACACUCUAAAAUUAACAGGUUCAUUAUACAAAGUGCUCCUGCAGCGAACUCCCAAUAUUUUCAUGGCACAAGCCACGAAAAUGCUGUUAAUAUUUUAAGGAAUGGCAUUAUUUUAAAAAGAGGUAAAAGAGCUCAAGACUUCUCGGAUGAUGACGGGUUUUACCUGUCAUACGUGUUUUCCCAUGCCAAAACAUGGGCCAGAGAGAAAUCAAGCAAGCCCGCUGUCAUAGUAUUUAGUGUCCCAAACACGCUGUUCGAAAGGCACAUGGGGCUUGAUGUUUCCAGUGCACAUUUCGAUACUGAAGAAACUGUAUUGAGAAAACAAAGGGAAUGGAGAGAAAUUGUUAAAUAUUGCCGAAAUGGAUCAGAAGGGCCCGCACCAGAAAACUUUGAUAAUUAUUGUUACAUAAUCGGCAACAUAAGCGUUAAUGGUAGCUUUGUUAAAGAAAUUCCAACACAAAGUGAAAAUAAACAACUUUGUAUAAAAAGUAAAGAAUUUGCAGAAGAAUUUCAAGAAACGAGAAACAUUGUCUGUGUUAUUUUCUACAAGACGAAUUACGCCCCUCUACAAUAAAAGUCUUUAAAUUAUGUAAAUGAUCUUGAUGUUGACAGCAACAUAAGAAAGUUAUUCAGAAAGUUAUAACUUCUCGACUGUGAAAAUAUGUUUUGUAUAUUGUUUACAUCAUCUAAAGAAAAUUUAGUGUACAUUAGAUCAAAGCAUAAUAUCAAUUUCUUUUCCUUUUCCAUUCCUCGACAUUUUUUUACUCUGCAUUUUUAAUAUAUUACAAUGUUUUUUUUAUUUCACUAGUUUAAAGUGGAAACUGUUUAAUGUUGACUAGCACAUUGAUGGUACGUUGUACUAAAAGAUUGAUGCUAUACAUAAAAUGGUUAAUUAUUUGCAUGAAUUUAAAAUAGAAAAAAGUGAAGUAUAUAAAGCAUGCUAUCUUUAAGCUUUUGUAAGAUAAGUUUAAUUGUGUCUUUUCUCUUAUAACAAAGCUUUUUAAAAUUUAAAUGUCUUAAACUAGAAUUAAAUUCCUGGCUUUUAUCAGUGUGUAGCGAUCAUAUACAAAUUAGUUGCAUGUGAAUAUAUAUAUAUAUAUAUAUAUAUAUAUAUAUAU